AUGAUCUUCGAUCCUACCCCGAUUGAGCUUCCAUCUUCUUAUGAAAAGGUCGAAACAACCGGCCAUGUCCUCGUCUCUCACUACCCCCUUGGCACGGCGGCAGUCACUCCGGUCGUCAUCGUAACGCUGAAUCGUCCUGCUAAACAUAAUGCGUUCACUCCGCAAAUGGUCAUGGACUUCGAGAAGCUCUUUCCCAUCUUCGAUGUCGACGAACGCGUGAAAGUCGUCGUCUUGACAGGCGCGGGAAAGACGUUCUGCGCUGGUGCAGACCUUGAGAUUGGUUUCGGUAGUGGUAAAGGCAGGACGGCGGACCAUCGUGACGGUGGUGGACGAGUCGCACUGGCCAUCCAUAGAUGUCGCAAGCCAACAAUCGUAGCAAUGCAAGGCUCAGCCGUUGGAGUCGGGAUGACCAUGACUCUUCCAGCGAUCAUCCGAAUUGGCUAUGAAAAGGGCAAAUACGGCUUCGUCUUCGCCCGCCGAGGUAUAGUUCUAGAAUCUUGCUCCUCGUACUUCCUCCCCCGCCUCGUCGGUCACUCAAACGCCAGCUACCUCGUCAGCACGGGAGGAGUCUUCCCGCCUACAUCUAAGCACUUUGGUGACCUUUUCAAUGAAAUCCUCCCCGACCCAUCGCAGGUCCUGCCGCGCGCUCUGGAACUGGCCACUGAGAUUGCUGAGAACGUGAGCCCAGCUUCGUCGUACCUCAAUCGGGCCCUUAUGUGGCGCGAUACUGGUUCGGCGGAGGCUGCUCAUCUCGUCGAGUCGCAAGUCAUCAACCAUAUGUUUGAAUCGGAGGACCAGAAGGAGGGCGUUGCGGCGUUCUUUGAGAAGCGGAAGCCGAACUUCAAAGCUAACCUUGAUGAUAACCCGCCGCCGAGUCUGCCGUGGUGGAGGGAGGUUGAUACUGGCCGGAAUCCUAAAGCAAAGAGGCCUUCGAAUCUGUAA